GAUUAUUAUAAUAUUGUUAAAAAACCCAUGGACUUGACCACAAUUCAGAAACGUCUGGAACACAAAUAUUAUACGUGUGCUGCAGAAUGUAUUGAAAACUUCAAAACAAUGUUUGCAAACUGCUAUUUAUAUAACAAGCCUGGUGAUGACAUUGUUUUCAUGGCACAAGAGCUCGAAAAAGUAUUUCUGCAGAAAGUUGCACAUAUGCCCCCAGUCGAGAAAAUAGUGGUGGCCAAUAAAGGGAAAAAAGGGGGAAGAAAAACAGACGCUGCUGAGGAACCUGAUGCAAGGAUUUCACAAAUUCAACAAAAUCAGCAGACAAGAACAUGCAGAAAAGCCAAGCAGUUCCAGAAGACAGCAACACCACAACUGCAGACCCCAGAACCUUCCCCUGUGUCUCCAUCUUCAAAUGUCAUGCCGACUACUGAAAUGGUUACCAAAGGUGUGAAAAGGAAAGCUGAUACCACUACGGCAACCCUCACUGCAAGCAGUGAGUCCUCUCCGGCACCCCAUGAACCCAAAAUAACCAAGAUCUCCACUAGAGAAGAAUCUGACAAGUUCCUAUCCAAAAGAGCCUUACCAGAUUCAUGGCAGCCACCUGAACCCACAAAAAGGACAAAGCUAACAGAACCACUGGAAUACUGUAACAAAAUCCUUAUAGAAAUGCUUUCAAAACAGCACACCACCUAUGCUUGGCCUUUUUAUAAACCAGUAGAUAUUACUGCCUUGGGCCUUGAAGAAUAUCACAAUAUUAUUAAAUGUCCUAUGGAUCUUGGAACUAUUAAAAAGAAAAUGGACAAUUAUAAAUAUAAAGACACACAAGAAUUUGCUGCUGAUAUUAGGCUAAUGUUUAUGAACUGCUAUAGAUAUAACUCUCCAGAUCAUGAAGUGGUAUCAAUGGCAAGAAAACUUCAGGAUGUCUUUGAGAUGCAGUUUGCCAGAAUUCCAGAUGAACCGGUUACUGGUAGGCCUCUGCUGCAUUCCACCACUAAAAGCACCACUUCUAUUUCGAGUGACAGCAGCUCCAAUGUCUCCUCUGACGAGGGCUCUGAAAAAGAACAAGCGAAACGCCUUGAAGAGCUCCAAGAACAACUUAAAGCUGUUCACCAGCAACUGCAAGCCUUGGCUAAAACAAACUUACCCAGAUUGAGAAAGAAGAAGAAAGGAAAAUCUAAGAAAGAAAAAAGCAAAAGCAAAAUGAAAACCAAGUCCGGAACUCAGAAAAGCAGAAAGAUGAAGCAAAUAAAAAAGCUGAAGAAGAAAAUGUCUUUGAACAUUCAUUCGAAGAAAAUCAAGCAGCAAGAAGAACUAGUAUUCAAGUCUGAGGAUGAGGAUACUGCCAAGCCAAUGACUUAUGAUGAAAAGAGGCAAUUAAGUCUGGACAUAAAUAAACUCCCAGGGGAGAAGCUUGGCAGAGUGGUAUAUAUUAUUCAGUCAAGGGAGCCAUCACUGAGACAUUCGAAUCCUGAUGAAAUAGAAAUAGACUUUGAAGCUCUCAAAGCAUCGACUUUACGGGUACUGGAGAAAUAUGUAAUGGCUUGCUUGAGAAAAAGGCCCAAGAAACAUUAUGCAAAAAAACCAAAAGACCAAUUUACUUUGGAGAAGCAACAAGAUCAGAGGUUGCUGGAUAUCAAUGGGCUGCUCUGCUCAAUCAGGCAAAAUGCAAAAUCUGAAAAUAAUGCUGUAUCAAAAAUCUACGGAAGGCCUAGUCGGCUGAGCGAAAGCAGCAGCAGCAACAGCAGCAACGCCUCCUCUGCGUCUGAAAGCACCAGCAAUGAUUCCAGCACAUCCGACAGCAGUGAUUCUGAAUCAGAAGUAUACAAAAAACAAAACGGAAAUGGGAAAAAGGAUUUGUUUUGCAGAGAACAGCUUAAGAUCCCGCUGCAUCAUCCAAAGAUAUCCUGCGAUGUUGUUCCUCAAAUAUGGAACACUUCACCUAUCAGCAAGCUGACUCAAAGAGCAACCGAAGCCAGGGCCUCCCACCGCUCACUGCCACACUCUCAGCCUUCACAGCACAGUCCUCUUAAACUACAAGAACAAACCCUUGUUUCUCCUUCAGGUGUAGUAGCGGUUGUGUCACCCCUGCACUGCACUCCAGUUCAACAGGCAACUCAGGGUGACUUAGUGGCAACCCAGGCUUCUAACAGCCCUUCUCCUCACGUGCUUGCAGAGGUAUCUUGUUCUUCCUCUCCUAAUAACGCUUCAGGCAACAUGAAAGAUACUCAGAAACCAUCACUAUUGCAUCAGGGGCAGCCAUCUGUUCUUCACAUUAAAUCCUCUUUGGGAAUUGUCAACUUACCAGCUACUGACCAAGAACAAAAGCUGAAGACCAGUUUUCCAGAUGGCCAUUGCAGACAACGGAUGACAGAAUCUGCACAUGCCACUAUUACAGAAAGAUGUUCUGAUAAUUGUGAGGAUAAAAAAGAGAAAGAGGCUAAACCUCAGAUUCCUCUAGUAAAGGAUAUAAAAGUCAAGCAUGCAGAUUCUUGGACAAGUUUAGGUAAGAUGGUGCCUGCUCCAGUCUCAGUCAAAUCGUCCAAUGAAAGCUUCAGACUAUUCCAAAAAGCCGCGCUAGAAAAAGAAGAAAGUGAGUGGGCAAAGGAACGAAAAAGGCAAUUGGAGCAAGCUGAGAGGAAGUUGAAAAACCACCCUCAGGAAAAAGAGAGAAACAGUAGAGAAAUGGAUUUGAAAUCCACAACAGUAAAAGAAAGCUGCCCCAUCCCAAAAGCAGUGGCAUCUGGAAGAGAGCAACCACACUCAACACACAUAGAUCGUAAUUUGGCAAGAAAACUGGAGCAAGAACGCAGGAGAAGAGAAGCGUUGACAAGCACCAUUGACAUGAAUUUUCAGAGUGAUGUUAUGGCAACAUUUGAAGAAACCCUGCAGUGAAAGGAGA